AUGAUGGUUCACUGUGCCGGCUGCGAGCGGCCGAUUUUGGACAGAUUCUUGCUCAACGUCCUGGACCGGGCCUGGCACAUCAAGUGCGUCCAGUGUUGCGAUUGCAAAUGCAACCUGACCGAGAAAUGUUUCUCCCGGGAAGGCAAGCUCUACUGUAAGAACGACUUUUUCAGGUGAGGGGCGACGUCUCUCCAUCUCCUUCCCCCACCCUUAAGCCUCCCCCCUCUCUUUUCUAACCCACCCCCCCACCAACACCCCAAUAGCCCCUCUUGGAUGAUGUGGGUUGUAGUCGUAACCCCACUUCCUUAGGGUCUGAGCCCCCACUAAACGGAGUGCGACACCUCUGAGUUUAGAAUUGCAGCCCCUGAAGUCCUCCCGCCCCCCACCCCACCCCGGAAAAUUGCCCACCAUAGUCCAUCGCCUUCAGGACUGCGGUUCUACUCUUCUCUCGACUCUCCAAAAAGUGUUGCUAGCCAAUGUGUAAAUAGACGCUAAGGGCCCUGACUCUGAACAACGCCCCCCACUCACACCCCACACAAAGGCCUGAUCCCUCUAUGGCUGUUUCCUUGGGGUUAAGGCAGGCAUCGCCAAGCGUGCUCCUUAGGCAUGCGCCCUUUACCCAGGAGUAAGUUCCAUCGAAAUGGAGGCUUGCUGCUGAACAAAGGGGCAUAGGAUCGGGCCAUCCUAAAUUCGGUUCCUAGGGAAGAUAGUCCCAUGGGAAGGGGGGGAUGGGAUUUACUACCGAGUAAGAGGAAGAGGCUUGCAUCCUUUGAUUUAGAAAGGCCAAAGACAGAAAGGGGGGAGGGUCCUGCGAUUUUUUAUUUUCUUAUUUUAAAGGUUUUUAUAUAGCUUGGUAUUGGAAAAUACUGACAAAUGGGGGGGGGGAGUAGCAAGGUCAAAACCUGCUCUCUCCACCAGCGAUGGAUUUAUCCGAGAGGGCGCGAAAUCGGGCUACCCGAAUUACCCAGGAAAGACUGAAAUAGAAAGGAAUACUCCAUAUCCAUUUUGACACAGGCAAGGAGAGCCUCCUUCCUUUAGAGAAAGGGUCGAAAGAAGAUUUAGCCUACCAUUAUGUGCGCGCUUUCCGUAGGAAGAACACCAGCCCAUCGAAUUCACUAGGGCUUCCUUCCGAGUAAACUCAGGUCUGCUGUUUUGACGUCGAGGCUGCGCACCAAGGUGGGCUUAGGCGCGCCAAAGCCCAUGAAUUUCCCGGCGGCACGGUACAAAUAUUUGUCAGCAUAACAGAGGCCCAGACGCUGGUCCUGAAGUUCUUGCGUCUGGAAGUCCAAACGCCCCCCUCCCCACCCCAGCAAUACCAAAUCGACGCAAUCCCCUUCCCCUUGAUUUUAUAUUUUCCUUGAAAAUAUAACCAGCACCCCCCCUCCACCCCCUGUUAGUCUGAGCAACCGAGGUUUAAAUAUAUGCAGUCCGACCCUACUCGGGAGUAAGUCCGAUUGAUUUCAACGGUCUCCUUCACAAUUUACAGCUGUCUACGCAGAAGUUAAAGUCCUAUUGAUUUCAACCGGGCUUACUCCCAGGUAAGUGGGGCUGCAAUUAUAGCCUAUAUAAGCAAAGGGUGACAGUUUCGGGGGUAUUUGGGGAGCGGUACCUGUUCGCCACCCCCACCUCCUAAUAUAUACACAGUUAGGCGAAUCCAUUUUUGUGGCUAUUCAUAGAGGCACAUUAUUUUUUCAUCCAGAGGAAAGGGGUCCAAGUCCCCCCCCCCAAUUAUUAUUGAACAAUAAUAUUUUUCAAAGCCCCCUAGAUCUUAAAAGCCUGUUGUUUUCAGGUGUUGUCCCCCACCCCGCCAAAAACCUUCGGAGAAGGAGGUGGAAAUCUUCGCCUCCUUUGACUGUGGCCCACCCGCAUUUCUCACUCCCCCCACCUCCCUUCCUUAUUGUCUUCGGUAAAAUGAAAAUCAACAAAUAAACCCUCAUUUUGCAAAUGCAAAUCCAUCCCAGCCUUUUGUUUUCGGGCAUUAAUUGGAGGUAAAGCGCCUAUCUGUUUAGGGAUGGAAAUGGCAGGCGCGGCAAAGUGCGGUGCUGUAGGGCGAGAGAGGGGGAGCCGAAGUGACUUCAGCUCUGCGGGCAUAGGGCCCCCCAAGGCAAACGCAUAUGAAUGAAUAGAGGCUAAGCUGGCUUUGCACAUGUAAACGGGCCUGUAAUGGCCAUUCUGAAUUCUUAGACUUUCCAGCCCCUUCCCUCCCCCACCCCCACUUUUUAAAAACUUUAAACCCCUUGAACGGUUUGUUGUUUUUUUAAAAAAAAAAUUAAUAGGGUGCAGAUGAGGCGACCGCCAUACAAACUAACCGCACCAAAAUGAUUUAUGGGUUGUAAUGUUUUCACUAAAUCAACGUCACCGUGGGCCAUCCUGGGGAGAAAAUGGUGCCAACCGGAGGAGCAGGUGAUGACUUGGAGCCUUGUGCGCUCUAUACCCCAAAUUCGAGGUGUAUGCGGGGGCAGACACACUGACACAUCGAUACAGAGACCUCGAUUUUGGUUUUUUGGACCACAUUUCAACAGGCGAUUCUUACACGUUACACACACGCACGCCUAGCUACCCACACAACUCGCUGCAAUAAGGAAAAUUAAAAGCUUUUACACAGCUCUCGUUUCCCCUAACGCAGCGCGCUUUGCUUUUUGCGACGGCGAGGGGGUGGUUCCUAAUGCCUAGAUCUAAAGGACCCCAGUUUGGGUCUUUCUACUGUGGCCCCGAUUCAGUCCAACGCACCACACACCGGGGGGGGGACGCACCCCAGGCUGCCAACAAACAAUCAAAAAAGGACCUAGGGAGAGUGUUGCUACAGGCCUCAGGUAGAUCAAGCACCCGGGACUGGAUCCGACGGGGGUUCUCCUGCGCAAAGUCGGCCGAGAUGGCCCAAUUCCUCUGGACUGGAGGCCAAAACUUCUCCGGGGCUAGGUAAUAAAAUGACCCUUCUGUUCCCCUCCGCCCGCUCCGUCCCUAAAUUAUUUGGCAGCGUCUACCGGGAAGGUCUAGAAGUUCCCAGCGCGCAAAAAUACCAUGGAGAGCGGCUCCCCGCUAAGACUCCUUUCCUUCCUUAGUGAGUCCUCAUCCUCUCUUUCUCUGACCUCCCCCCUUUUCCUCACCCCACUCUUACGCUAUCUCUUUUGUAUCCAGGAGGUUUGGGACCAAGUGCGCCGGGUGCGCGCAAGGCAUCUCCCCGUCGGACCUGGUGCGCAAAGCCCGGAGCAAAGUCUUUCACCUGAACUGUUUUACUUGCAUGGUGUGUAACAAGCAGCUCUCGACGGGCGAGGAGCUUUACAUCAUCGACGAGAACAAAUUCGUCUGCAAGGACGAUUACUUGAGUUCGGCCAGCUUGAAAGAAGGCAGUCUCAACUCAGGUGAGCCGACGGAGCCGGCCCUACCCUAGGGCAGGGGGAAGGAGUCGCCUUUGGCAGCCGAUAUGGAGUGUCAGGAAAGAACAGCCUUUUGUUAGCUAUUUGAUUCGCGAUUUCUCUCUGUGUGUGCGAGCGCGGGCGCGCGCCAGGGAGGAAGAGAAGCGCCUUAGUGCAGUGGUAGAGGAUCUGCUUUGUGUGCAGAAGUCCGCGGGAUCAGUCCCCGGCAUCUCCGUAUAGGGCUGGGGGAGAUGCCAUGUCUUAAAGCCUGGAAAGCUGUGGGUCGGUGCAGAGGCAAUACAUGGACCAAUUUGUGUCUGAUUCAGUAUCAGACAGCUUCAUAGGUUCCUUUGCUUUUUGCCGCAGCUGCCAAAGUAACUCGAACGGCCUGCAGUUGGAUAGCGUGCAUUUGCUGCUGGAUAGGGGCGGUCUCCUAUAACAACUGUACUGUUGCUCUUAGUGAGCGGUACUAGGGAUUUUGCUGUUCCUGUUGUUAUUAUUUAUUUUUUGCUGAUUGAUUGCUGAUGUGUGGACACCUAGCCACACUCCUUUGGGAAGUAGGACUCAUUGAACUGGGUGCGAUUGAUUUCCCAGUAAAGGCGCAGAGGCUUGCGCUGUUACGCAGGUCCCUGCCCCGAGUUGCUUGCAAACCUACGUUGGACGGAGAAGGAGCAAAGAGAGCGGAGAUGGAUGGGUCAGAAGGGACAGAUGAGGACAAGCGCAGCCAGCCCCCAGCCCAGACCUUCAGAAUGAUUCUGAGGACCUUCGACGUUGCAUUUCUAUCGCGCCUUUCUUCCGCCUAUUGGAAGGUCCUUUUCUAUAUCCCACCAGGCGCCGCGCAGAAGGAUUUCUGCGCGAGGCGGGUCUCUGCCUGGAGGAGCUUACAGUUUAACUUUAGACAAAGGGAAGCGGGGAAAGGAGGGAGACAAAAGAGGGACGAGGAGAGUGAAGGAAGGAUUUCGCAUGGGGAGGGAACAGAAGAAUGAGCCGCGGCGGUGAAGACCGUGGCUCCAGUUCUUUCUGUUUGGGGAAUUAACCCGUCGGUGCCGAAAUGGAUUGCACAGCAUUAGGGGUGUGUGUGCUAGCAACAAGGGAGAGUGAAGGAGAGAAGGAAGACCUUGUAUUUGUCUACUCUUAAAGCUUUACCCAGAAAAAUAUCGCUUGGAGGAUCUGUCGAAUUUGUCCCUUUCCUUCUCCGUCUUUGUUUUGUUUUCGUUUUGUUUUGUUUUUGUAAAAGAGGGGAUUUGGAAGUCACCCUGUUUAGGAGUGCCUUCCCGCUUCCAUCUGUGGGGGUAUAUGACCCUGGUUCCCUGCAGCAGCCGUCGAGGGGGAGGCAUCUGGCGGUCCAAUCCCUCUCCCCCCCCCCCAAACACGUUGCAUUCGUUUGAAUACAAUAACUGCUUUUGCUGGAUAGGAUAGGACCAAAGACCCUCCAAUCUCGCGUGUUUUUCUCCAGAGCGUCCAAGCAGGCGCCUCUAGGGAGACCUACGGACCAGUGGGGGUGUCUCCAACGCCUCCCAGAGCCUUUUUGCUUCCUUCCAGCGGUAUCAAUAAGCGCAAAGCAAAUUUCAAAACGGCCUUCCUCUCUUUAGACGGGGCGGGCGUCGAUUAAUAGGGCCAGCAGGGGGAAGUUAUUGGUGAGAGCGGGGCCUCCAAGAGGGGACUGGCUUAGCAAGCCAAACCUCACAGGAACGUAGGAAGCAGCCUUAUAUCGUCUACCCUGACUGGCAGCGGCUUUCUACCGAUCUCAGCUGUAUCGGGGGACCCCGGGAAUUCAAGCAGCUAGCUCCCUUCUGCAUGCAGAGCAAAUGUUCUACCAGUGAGCAGGAAUAAAAUUAGAACUUUUAGAGCGGGGAGACAAGAAAAAUCCUCUUGAAAGUAGGUUGAAAGCAAGUGUAGUGUAUCGGUUACAGUUUUGGGCCUGGGAAAUCAGGGUUCGAAUUUUCGCUCGGCCAUGAACCUUGCGUUCACUGCCUCUCAGACUAACCUACCUCGCAGAGCUGUUGUGGAGGGAGAACGAUGUGUGCCACCUCGCUCCUUGCGGAAAGGUGGGAUAUAAAUGCAAAUAGCAGCCGCAGCAAAUUAGAAGGCAACGUACUGAAGAGGUUGCUGGCGAUGUUACUUUUUUGAAAAACAAGCCUCAUUUUAUUUCACAACUCCUGCAACUAGGACAUGUUUCCCUUUGCUCAGAAGUCAACUCCCCUUACGUCCAACAGAGCCGCCUUCCCAGAAACGCGCGUCUCCCAUUAAGGUGUGUAGAGAGCACAUAGUCUGGGAUUCUUCCCCGCCCCAAUGGCCCUGCAACACCCCUUCCAAAACCAGACCUGUCCAUAUCCCUCCCUCCUUCCAUUUUUCUUCUUCUUCUUCAGGUUCGGGACCCAGGUGCUUUGGGUUGAGUUGGAUCUAGGGGAGAAAAUGGGGGAAAGGGAUCAAGAGGACUGGGGGUGGAGCGCCGCUGGCCUCUGCUUUUCAGACGGCUUUAUUUGUUUGUUUUAUUCAUUAAUGAAUCAAUUAAUUGAUUGCAUUUCCCUCCGCCUUUGGGAUCCUCGGUGCUCCUCAGGGCAGCCUGUGUCCUCUUCCUCCUGUCUUUUCUUUUCACCUUCUGCGUGUUUCUUUCGAGGGAGCCCAACCAGAGAUAGACAACUGCUUUUCUCUGAAAGCAGUACUUGGUGGCUGCUUCCUUAGUAAGAUUGAAUUGUCUGUGUCGCCCUCCUUUCCCAAAAUGGCGCGCAAAGUUCUCCUCCCUGCUCUCACAGCAACCCUGCAAGGUCGGAUAGGCCGAGAGGCAGUGAUCUCCCUGUGAGCUUCAUGGUUUGAGUGGGGAUUUGAACCCUGGUCUCCCAGGUCCAUGUCUGACCACUACACCACACUUCCACCUUCCUUUCCAGGCCUGUCUUCUCUACUACCCUAGGUCCAAACAGGAUGAAAUCUGAUGUUGAUUUUGCAGGAGGGGAGGGGUCUUUGCAUACCUAAGCCCGGUGACUGAUGAAGGCUGUCCUUCCAAGUGAUCCCUUUGGGAAAGGGAAAGACUGAUACCCCUUUCCUUCUGUAAAUCUGACCCGUGCAGCUGCUAGCCCUCUCUUCCCAAAGAGUGACGCCCACUCUCCCCUUUCCUUGUCAGUGUCCUCUUGUACCGACCGAAGUCUGUCUCCAGACAUCCAGGACCCGAUGCAGGACGACACAAAGGAGACCGACAACUCCACCUCCUCCGACAAAGAGACCACCAACAACGAGAAUGAGGAGCAGAACUCGGGGACCAAGCGGAGGGGACCCCGGACCACCAUCAAGGCUAAGCAGCUGGAGACCCUCAAAGCAGCUUUUGCUGCCACCCCGAAGCCCACCAGGCAUAUCCGGGAGCAGCUGGCCCAAGAAACGGGACUCAACAUGAGAGUCAUCCAGGUAAGAGGACCCGCGCCCGGUUGUUGAGUCCGAGCUCCGAUGGGACUAUCACCUUACCUGUUCUGCACUAGACCAUAGAGGGGUUUGCUCAUCUCUGUGCAUUUUGGUGGCCCUUAGGGGAUGGUGGAGCGACUGCUCUUUGGAAUGCAGCGUUCUCUAUAUCCAGCCACGCACUCGUCUACCGAAAGGGGGUGAUCUUCUACAUGUUGCAGAUUGCAUCAUAGCUUGUCACAACUGACAUCGGCAAAGGGUCUCCUGUGAUGUGAUGUCAUCUGAGCUGCAGAUGAUGUCACACACUCACUCACUCACAUCACCCAGCAACAACCAGGAAAGUUGGAAGGAGCUACAGAAAUCUUCAAACUUUUUGUCCUCCUUACCAGAAGAUGGCCAUCAUUUUACCUUCGUUCUUCAUCCUGAAAUGUUUUGGGAAACCUUCGUUUACUUAAGUGUGGAAUAUUAGAAUACUUGUUUUUAUGUAUAGUGGAAAUCCGGAUGGGUAGUACUAAAGUAUAGGUUUUUUGUUUUUGUUUUUGUUUGUUGCAGGCUAUGUGACACUUCCCUCUCUCCUUUUGUAGAAAGGGCAAAACUUUCAUGCUUCAUCAAAAGGACAUCGUACACCCCAUUAUUCCUAUUGUCCCACCAUGCUAGCUGCCUAGGAAAGCCCAACCUGAGGAACACUUUAUGAGGAACUAAACCCUACCAAAUUCAUGAGAUUUACUUCCCAGCAGACCUGGCUGAAAAUCAGUUAAGGGAAAAUGUAUGCUCAAGUCCCUUUAAAAUGAAUGUGGAUACCAGCCUAUUCUGCCAACAAAGGUCCAUAUAGUUAAAGCCAUGGUUUUCCCAGUAGUGAUGUAUGGAAGUGAGAGCUGGACCAUAAAGAAGGCUGAUCGCCGAAGAAUUGAUGCUUUUGAAUUAUGGUGCUGGAGGAGACUCUUGAGAGUCCCAUGGACUGCAAGAAGAUCAAACCUCUCCAUUCUUAAGGAAAUCAGCCCUGAGUGCUCAUUGGAAGGACAGAUCCUGAAGCUGAGGCCCCAAUACUUUGGCCACCUCAUGAGAAGAGAAGACUCCCUGGAAAAGACCCUGAUGUUGGGAAAGAUGGAGGGCACAAGGAGAAGGGGACGACAGAGGACGAGAUGGUUGGACAGUGUUCACGAAGCUACCAGCAUGAGUUUGACCAAACUGCGGGAGGCAGUGGAAGACAGGAGUGGCUGGCGUGCUCUGGUCCAUGGGGUCACGAAGAGUCGGACACGACUAAACGACUAAACAACAACAACAAACCAGCCUAUUCAUGUUUACUUUGAAGUAAUAAGUGCUACGAAUGCUCAGUCAAGCUUCCUCAUAAGGAUGCAUGCCUAGAAUUGUAAAGCCCAGCCCUAUCCAUGUUUGCAGAGAAGCGUUUCCUAGUAAUUUCAACGAGAUUUACUUUUGGGUAAAUGUGCAGAGAACUGCAGCCUUGGUCCUUAAAGUGCACAGACAGUACUUAUGCCCGGCAAAGUUAAAUCACUUGUUGUUGCUUAGUCCUUCAGUCGUGUCCGACUCUUCGUGACCCCAUGGACCAGAGCACGCCAGGCACUCGUGUCUUCCACUGCCUCCCGCUGUUUGGUCAAACUCACACUGGUAGCUUCGAGAACACUGUCCAACCAUCUCGUCCUCUGUCGUCCCCUUCUCCUUGUGCCCUCCAUCUUUCCCAACAUCAGGGUCUUUCCCAGGGAGUUUUCUCUUCUCAUGAGGUGGCCAAAGUAUUGGAGCCUCAGCUCAGUUAAAUCACUAGUCCCUUUGAUUUCAACAGGAAAAUGAAUCCCUCAGUUUGGUGCUCUCCCACUGAAAUCAACACAUAGACAGGUGCUUUAUAUACCUAGUUGGGCCUUUGGUGCAACUAGCUCAGUAUCCUCACUGACUGGGCAGCAGCUCUCCAGGGUUUCAGGAAGGAGACAUUCCCAGCCCAGACCUACCAGGACCUUCUGCCUGAGAAGCAGAUGCUCCACCAUAGAGCUAUGGCCCUUCCCCCAGCAAUGUACACUGCCCCCAUGAGGUUGGAGGUUAGACUGCAAUCCUGGGCACAAUAAUUAUGAAGUUACCAGUAAGUCUAGCUGAAAUCAGCAGGACUUCCUCUUGAGUAAACAUGCAUGGUUUUGAGCUGGUGUUAAGACAGCCAUGAUGUUGUUGUAAGUUUGCUAUUUAUCUGUUCUGUCCAAGUAAGUCAUACUCAGAGCAGACCCACUGAAACUAUUGAUUGAUUGAUUGAUUGAUUGGACUUGGAUUAGUCAUGCCCCUUUAUUUCAAUGGGUCUAUGCUGAGUAUGUCUCAGUUUAACACAACCCUGUUCUGCUGGAAAUUGCAAGCAAUCUAAGGGAGGAUUUGAUAAGCCAUUUUAAACAAUGGGAAACAUUAUAUAAAUGCAAUAUUGCAAUAAUAUAGAGGCAAGUGAAAGGAUAGCAAAUUAGUAUUACAUGUUUUUUUGUUUUUAUUUGUAUUGCGCACAGAAUUUGAAGGAACUCAAAAUGGAACAGUGGUACCUGGUAGCAUUCCUAUGCAGGGCAUUUCAGCAAUUUUUAUCACACUCCUGUAUGAUUGCCUUAUGUUUAAAAUUGGGAUGGGGUGCAGGCCAAAAGAACAAUGAGUAGCUCUGGUGAGAUUCAGGGACUCUUGCUUGACUUAUAAAGCAGCCUCUCUUACAAUGACUUGUUUUGACCCCGAGUUGUAAAUUAAACAUUAAUGGAGCCACAGGGUCGUCAGUUGUAUCAAGAGUAGACCCACUGAAAAUUAAUGGACAUGGCUAAUUUAAGUCUAUCAUUUUCAAUUGAUCUAAUCUAACUUAGCUGGAUACAGCCCUCAAAUCCAUCGACUUGGCUCCAGUUAUCAAUACAUUAUGAUGGCAAUAUGGAUUAAUGUCAUGAAUUUUAGAAUAUCAUCACAUAAGGUAGCUUAUGAAAAGUGGGUUAAAAAAAUUACUGACUAAAAAAAAUAGUACAAUAUGAUCUCUACCUACUAAUAAGUAAAUCCUAUUGAGUUCAGUGGGGCUUACUCCCAGAUAAGUGGACAGGGAAAAAGUCAUAAAAUCAUAUAGGCAUUAAUAAAAAAUAUAGUCAUCAGAAUUUAGCCAUAGAAAUGUAGAGAGAGAGACCUCCAAGGUGGAAAAGAUGGGUUGUAACUGUUGAUAGUCCUACUCAAAGUAGACCUAUGGAAAUGUAUGUAUUCUGUGUAAGGCUUGCACUGGAUCCAAUCCUUUGAUGUUUACCUCAAUUCAGAGGCCAAGGCUGAAAAGGAAUAAUGCAACGACAGCCCCCCCCCCCCGAAGGGUUUUUCAAGGAUUGUGGAUUUGAAACAUGGGAUCAGUGUUCUUUUGCAACGAUGCCAUGUAGCACCCAUCUGGGUGGUCCGGUAGCAUCAUGCCACAUGGAGUCUACUGAAGCAAACCCUACUAUUAUUAUUAGCAGUAGUUUUAUAUUUUAUUUAUAUGCUGCCCAUCUGGCUGGGUUUCCCCAGCCACUCUGGGCAGCUUACAGAUCAGAUUCCUCUAGUUCCCCCUGCCUUUUCCUCCUGUCCAUGAUGAAUGAAACAGCCUGUGUAGGACUGAGUACAGUGGUACCUCAGGUUACAUACACUUCAGGUUACAUACGCUUCAGGUUACAGACUCUGCUAACCCAGAAAUAGUGCUUCAGGUUAAGAACUUUGCUUCAGGAUGAGAACAGAAAUCGGGCUCCAGUGGCGCUGCUGCAGCAGCAGGAGGCCCCAUUAGUUAAAGUGGUGCUUCAGGUUAAGAACAGUUUCAGGUUAAGUACGGACCUCCGGAAUGAAUUAAGUACUUAACCUGAGGUACCACUGUAUCUUGCAAGUGUGUGUUCUCUCUCUGGAGCAGUUUAAUAGAGAAUGACAGUGGAGCUUCCAAGUUCAGAGGCACUAUACCUCUUAAGUUCAGCUGCUGAGGCCAAGGAAAAGAGAGAAGGGUGUUGCCUUCAUGUUCUGCUUAUCUGAUUCUCAAAAGCACCUGCAAGGUCUAAAUAGAUGCAGGUCUAGAUCAAAGAUGGGGAAAUGGUGGCCUUUUAGGUGGGACUCCAACACCCAUCAGUCUCAGCCAGUAUGACCCAUGACUAAGCAUUAUGGGAAUUGCAGUCCAACCUGACCUGGCAGCCCACAGAUUCCCCCUCUCCAGUUCGAAUGGACCUUUGAUCCCAUCUAACAGGAAUAGUCUUAUGGGUAACAUAGGACAGAAGGGAAUCCCAUUCUGGUACUUUAAAGCACCAGGUUUUUUGAGAAUACUGGAGCAAAACCAAUACAAGCACCACCAAGAAGUAUUAAAAAUGCAGUGGGAAAUCUCUAGGAUAUUCUAGUACAGGUCAACAUGCUUUUUUUAAGGCGGGGAAAGUGAUGAAACAGGAGAUAUUUUGGAUUGUUUCCCCACACUGCUAAUUGUACCAUUUAGUGCACACUACUCCUAGUAGUUGUUACUCCUAGUAGUAACAACUAGACAUUUCUAUGUUGUAGUAGUAGACUGAUGCUUAAUUAGGGCACAAAACAGCAGCAGCAGUCAUAGCAGCAGAGCCAUCAUGCAACCUUUCACCCCACAAAUUAGCGGGCCUACCCACCCUACUACCAGUCCAUGGCAAUAUAACAUCAUUUAUUAGCACAGUAAUACAUAGGGACUUUUCAGUGUCCUAGAGUCACAGAACUGUAGAGUUACUUGGAAGUGACCCCAAGGGUCAUCUAGACCAACCCCCUGCAAUGCAGGAAUCUCAACUAUUUAGUCUUCAUGGGCAGAUCCUGAACCCCUCUCCUCCAAACCGGGUUUCCUCUUGAUGGACCUACAAAGAAAACCCUUACGUUUUUCUGCAAGCAGGGGGAGGGGGUAUCUUUUUGUCAUUGAAUGCCCUCCCCCACUUUCUCUUCCCCUCCCCGCUUCCCCAUCUUCUCUUCCCUUUAUGUAUAUUUUGAGUUUGAUUGUGUGGUGUGCGUUUUUUUUUAUCCUAAUUUCCUGCCUCUCCAUCCGUCGGCCUUUCUUUUGGGUGUCUGUUCGGGUUCAGUCCGGCCGGAGGGCGUUACCGUGGCCUCUCUCCUUCUGUGCCCCCCGCAGGUUUGGUUCCAGAACCGACGGUCCAAGGAGCGACGGAUGAAACAACUGAGCGCGCUGGGUGCCCGGAGACACGCUUUUUUCAGAAGUCCUCGACGCAUGCGCCCUCUGGGAGGCCGCUUGGAUGAAUCCGAAAUGCUAGGCUCCACCCCUUAUACUUAUUACGGAGGUAAGAAGGUCCCCCCACCCCCGAUUGGGGGUGGGCGGAAUCGUGGUGGGCGCUUUCCCUUUCUUUCAUCCAUUGACUUUUUUCUGAGUUUUGUCCCCAAAACAUAUUAGAAUCCCAAUCAAACAAGGAUCACCAUCCUAGAGGCAUUUACCUGGGCAUCCUUACCUGAUGCAGAUCCACACUAGUUACAUUUAAAGCACAUGACUUUUCCCAAAGGACCCUGGGAACUUUUUUUCCCCUCGGAGUACCGGAGACGGUAGAUCUGUGAGUGAGGAACUACAAUUCCUAUGAUUUCUUGAGUAGAAGUGCUGUGCUUUAAAAGGGGGUUGAAUGUUGUGAGCACAGCCAGAUUUUACUUCGCAGUAAAUGUGCAUUUAGGGACUAACUUGAAGUCAAUACUCUCGCUGCUGAAAUUCCGCCCCUUUUGGACAUCCCAUCAGCUCCUGAAGACGCGCCUCUCUAGACAAGCUAGCCUUGAUCUCCUGGCCACAACCUCCUUGUUUAACCGUAUUAAUUGUUUCUUCAACCAUGCUGUUUUAAUGAAUUUGUCCUCUUGUAUAUUGCGCUUAUGGAUGGUUUGAUUAACUGGUUUCAUUCAUUGUGCGUUUUAACUGGGCGGAUAUAAUUUAUAUCAUUGGGUUUACAUUUGUAAACCGCUUAGAAGCCAUUUUCUGACAAGGAAGCUGUAUAUAAAUACACAUAUAAAUAAUCACUAGAGCCCAAUUUUCCCUUUCUGCGUAUACUGUAAUGUUUUAUUGUUGCUAUGGCCUUUGGCUAAUGCGAAUAAAGUUUUAUCUAUCAGUCACUAGAGCAAAUAACUUAGGGGCUACUUUGAGUAAAACCUGGACCAAUCUUGGCUUUGGAGCCAGCCUCUUUAGAAUCUGAACCUCCUGCUUCCUGAGGGAGAAAGAGUAAAAUUUUCUUUCUUUCUUUCUUUCUUUCUUUCUUUCUUUCUUUCUUUCUUUCUUUCUUUCUUUCGUAGUUUUUCAUCUACUUCCUCUCCCACACAGAUUCUUCCUUUUCCACCUCUCCCUGUCUUCCGCUUUUCUUCCCCUUUCCUCCCUUAAUCCCGCUCUUUUCCUGCCUUCGCUAAAAUCACUGAAAAUCGGAGGGUGCUCGGAAACCAGGGCCGCCGGUUGCUUGAAUUUGCCCGCCCCCUCCCCUCAAAAAUACACCCUUUCCCCUGCUUUUUUGCUGUUCCUCUCCUCUUAGUUCCUCUUCCGCCAUAGUUGCCCCCCCUUGUUGGUUCCUCCUCCCGUUGGUUCCCCUUCUUACCCUCCCCCUGGUUUCCCCUACCCCCGCCCCCCAGCUGGUUCCUAAAUCUAACCCUUUCCAACGGCUUCCCCGACAUUUUUCAGGCCAGCCUCUCCCUCCGCCCCGUCGGUUUUCCUCGACGGGCAGGAGGCGUGGUCCCUGCGUGGAUCUCCUCCUCCUUCCCGCUGCCCCGCCCGAGAAAGGGGGCUUUGUGCGGGAGGGUCCGGCUGUGCCCGACCCCUUUGACGCCCCGCGCUCCCUCGCCCUGUGCUGCGACGAACAAAGCUCCAGCUGCCUCGCCUUUGUACUCUUUUCAGACGGCAUUUGUUCCAAUUACGGCCGAACCCCAGGCGCGUAUGGAAGGCGGCCGCCGCCUCUGGCCAGGGCCCCGGACAUUUGUCUUCCAGGCACCGCGUCCCCGUUUCCCCGCACCCCGUCACCUUCCAGCUCCCUGAAGGCGAACCCCAUUAAAAAAACAAUCCCCCCAAAAGGAACCAAAGGCCGGGAGGGAAAAUAUUUAUUUACUUCUUUGAGCAAGGUUCGCCUGGAGGGAACCUAGAAACCCCAUUUUCCCGAGGAUUCCGAGGUCUGUCUGGUUUCUUGCUCCUUAUACCCAGUCUUUGGAGGUAGGGGGUGUUAUUUGGCAUUCUUCCUCCCCCUAGAUCCCUUGCCCCCCCAUAAAAUAUUUGAGAGGGCUGGGCCCUCCAGAGUUGAGAGGCAUUGCCGUUCAGAUGGUGUUCAGAUGGUGUUUCCUGAUCGAUUAGGCAGGGCGGGACUUGCCUGGGCCCCCCAAUAUUUUAUUCAAUUUGGUACCCGUGGAAGGGCUGUAGCUCCGUGGCAGAGCAUCUUUCUGGCAUGCAGAAGGCUCCAGGUUCAAUCCCAAAUGGUACCUCCAAAUCCCUUGUCUAAAACCGUGGAGAGUCGCUGCCAGUCAGCGCAGGUAAUGCUUGAGUUUAGCUGGUCGGACUCGGCAUCAGGCCGUUUUUAUGGCUGUGUGCUCCUUCUCCCCUUAAAUCGCCAGGGGUAGUUUUCGGGUAGUGACGGGAAUGAUGCUAGGCUGGUUUGGGAAGUAAACUUACUUGAACACGACGGGACUUAUUUUCCUAUAAGCACUGCAGAGGAUUUUCUCGUGUGUUUUACGCGUCUCCUUAGCUCUAGUUGUUCCAUGCGCGCGGGCGCGGGUGUUGUUAGGAAGAGGUAUACACGAGUGUUAUUAAACAAUUAAUUAAGUAAAUAAUUAAUUCAAUGUACAUUCUAUGGAACUAUCUUCUGGUGUCAGAAAUAAAAAAAAGCAUGCAAACUAAUAAAUAAAGCCACAAUUUAAGCAUCCGAGAGGAACGGGAACAGCCUGUACGUUGGAUAUUUAGCAUGAGAAGUGAAGUCAAAUAAGAUAUAUUAAAAUACAUUGCUACAACGUGGUGCCCUGCGGGGGUUUCGGGCUGCCUGAAGAGAAACUCCUGUUCGCUGGCGAAUUCUAGCUGUUCCCAGAAGUUUCUCCCUUUAUUUCUGAGAGUGUAUGUGUCAAAUUAUGUGCAGAAAAUGCCCUCCUCUCAUGGAAAAAAACGUGUCUGUGUGAGUGUGCGUAAUAUAAAUGUAUACUUCCGGGAAAAGGGCCUUUUUUUCUGUGGCAGCUCCUAAGCUGUGGACUGCCCUCCUCAGAGAGGUGCGUCUGGCGCCUUCACUACGCAGCUUUUUGCGGGAAUGCUGAAGACCGUGGCCUUUGACACUUUAGUGUGUGCUUCCAGAACCCGCCCUGUUCUUGUGAAUCAAUGUUUUCAACUGUGUCUUUUAUUCUGAAUUUUAAAUAGUUGCAACUGGCCCCGAGACCUGCCAGUGAAGGGCGAGUGAUGAAUUAUUUUUAAAAUUAUUAUUAUGAAAAGCAAUAAUAAUAAUUAGAGCGGCAAGAUAAUGUAAGUAACCUCUUCCCCUCUAGAGGAUAAGCGUGCGGACUUGGCUCCGGCUGAACACCUUUGUUCUAGGCUUGUGUGGGCCUUCUUCCCCCCCCUUUUUUUUUUUUAAGGAAUGGGUGUAUCUUUAAUCGAAUUAACAUCCUAUCCGCCACCGGCGGAGGAUGAUGGGCGGGGAGGUGGGGUGAGGAAGGUGCAGGCCGGGAGAGAAUUGAUUAACUCCAGCCGGUUUAAAGCGACUGCUUCUGCCCUUCCUUCCUCCUAGUUUUCCGAAACUAAAUUUGCAGCCCAAUCCUAAGCGCGUUUACUCUGCGUUGAAGUCCCACCGCAUUUUAAGAAGUUUUUUUUUCCUCCUCCCACCCGGGUUCCUGCUAGUAAAGAUUAACUAAUUUGAAUGUGAAGCUCCAAUUUCUGGAGAUUUGAGAUUUUUGUAUUUAUUUUUUUUUUUAAUUGUUACAAGCCCCUCUUUCCCUCCUGCGCGUAUUUUCUUCAGGCUGGGAGCGUAUGGAAGGGGCGUAUAGAAUCAGGCGCGCAUCUGAUAGCAGUCCAUAAACAAACGAACGUUAAGGCGGCUCCGGGCUUUGAUGUGUCUGCUACUUUCUCCACGAACGUUCUGUUUGUAACGCUGUGACGUAUCGAAUAGAAUUCGAUGCGGGGGGGGGGGCGGAUGUCCUUUGAGGAUGCUUUUAUACCGCUUGAGUGUGUCGUCGGGGGUGUUUGUUUCUGAAGCAUAAAAUUGUGGGGCGUUUUAAACUGUUCCAUGACAGUUUAGGCAGGCGGUAGUAGAUAGUUGGAGGGUGGAGGAGCCUGUCUGAUGCGUCAGGCUAAAAAAAUCCAGUUUUUGGCUUCCCACAUCCGCGGAACGCGCCAGCCAAGCGCUUAGGCAAAAAAACCAAAACAAAAGGAGCUGGCUUUUCACCGUCCUCUUUCUGCCGUAUUUAUUUCAAGGUAUAGUGCCUCCAGGGAUGGAGGUUUUGUUUUUGAGCUCCGGCAGCUCAUAGUCGUGGCACCCUCCAUUAAUUUGUCCCAAUUAUUAAGACAAAACUCACCGAAAUUAUUGUUUAGUUUAUUAUUGAAUGCAUUUACUUAUUUCUUGUUUUUAAACCCCACACUUUAUAAAGAAUAAUCGCCGUAGAUUCACACUGUGUUGUUUUCGGUGACCCCAAACCGUCCACCCCCCGCCUCCGUGCGCGCGCACACCGAUCCCACCCCACAGUAGCUGAUCACAGACCCUCAUCCUCAUGCGGGAAAUGGCACAACCGUCUUGCGCGCCAUGGCUGCGAUCCUACACCCACUCACUGGGGGGGGGGGCGCUAUUGAAUUGAGUGGAACUUUUGAGUUUACCUGUACAGCAUCGAGCUAUAAGUGGGUUUCUGGCCUAAAGGCCGUGUCCAUGCCUAGGUUUCUGUGGUAGAAGUUUAUCCUUUGUAUAAAUGUCUCUGUGUAUGUUUCUCUCCCUCCCUCUCUCUCUCUCUGUGUGUGUGUGUGUGCGCGCGCGCUCACUGAUUUAUAAUUUGUGCUGUGAGCUGUUUUGGGGGCAGAUCAAUGUGAAAAUGCAGCACCCGAGCAAUAAAUUUAGUAGCAGUAUAUUGUUGUUGUUGUUGUUGUUGUACGUUGUUGUUAUUACCAUGUUAUACUAAUAAUAAAAUUAUUAUUAGCAUACCAUUAUUAUUAUUAUUAUUAUUAUUAUUAUUAUUAUUAUCAUUAUUAUUAUUAUUAUUAUUACAGCAUGCUGUUGUUCUUGCUGUUGUUGAUAAUGCAUGCAAAUAAAAUAUCAGCUGUUAUUGUACUACUACUACUACUACUAAUAAUAAUAUAUUUCUAUGCCACAUUUCUACUAUUUGCAAUAAUCGUGGUUGUUAAUAAUCUUUGCACUUCUCCUGGGGUUAUGUCCUGGCCUGUUUCAUUUGGCCCACUGUGGAUAAUUUCAAGUUUGAAUCCUGCCUGGCGUUUGACCAUAGCUGUCAACUUUUCCCUUUUCUUGCGAGAAGUUCUAUUCGGAAUAAGGGAAUUUCCCUUUUUUUAAAAAAAGGAAAAAGUUGACAGCUAUGCGUUUGACCCUUCUCGGGCCUUCCUGAGUGUCCUUCAUUCUUUUACGACUGUCCUGGCCUCUGCAGACGUCUUUGUGAGCCUCCUUCUGCUUAUUUGGGGGAGGUCAGGGGGUGUGGAGGGUUUGCUUCUGAGCAAAACAGCCGCCCAACAAUGCGCAGGCCUGCAGCUUUACCUCUCCGAGGUGUUUCUCCGGAAAGGAGUCGAGCUGGAUUCAGUGGCGGAGCUGAUGCUUGAACUCGAUUGCGCUUAAAGCAAGACUAACAUAAACGGCUCUUGCUUCCGGGAGAUGUCAAUGGCCAACUAUGCUUGCGGAAGGGCUUCUGUCCCAGGUCCCAUCCCCGAUGACAUCUCCGGGUUAGUGCUGGGGAAUAUUCCCUGCCCGGAACCCCGGAGAGGAGCCUCUGCCAGCCAUUGCGCGCAGCACGGAGCUGCGUGACGCGCAAUGGUCUCAACUCCCCAAACUGGCAAGGCAAGGCAGUUCUGUGGGCGCAGCUGCCCACCUGCCCUGGUCGUCCAGGAGAGAAAUGGCAGGAAGCCAGCGGUGACUUCUUCUUCUUCCUAGCCCAGGGCUGGCAAAUCCCGUUGGCAUCGAUAUGUUGAUGUAUUGCUUUUUUGUUUGCUUGCUUAUCCAUCCCUCCACGGAGAUUGCUCUUAUCUCCCCACUCCUCAAGUUUAUCCUCACAACAACCCUGUGAGGUAGGGUAGGUUGAGAAAUAGUGAUUUGCCACAGGGAUUCAUGGCUGAGUGGGGAGUUGAACCCGGACCUCCCCAACCUCGGUCCAGAGCUCUAACCAUUGCACCACACCACAUCUCCAUCCAUGGGAUUUUUUAAAUGGUUAACUGAGGGGAGGAAAGCUCAUACCAAUAGCAAACUUUUGUUGUUGUUGUUUAGUCGUUUAGUCGUGUCCGACUCUUCGUGACCCCAUGGACCAGAGCACGCCAGACACUCCUGUCUUCCACUGUUUGGUCAAACUCAUGUUCAUAACUUUGAGAACACUGUCCAACCAUCUCGUCCUCUGUCGUCCCCUUCUCCUUGUGCCCUCCAUCUUUCCCAACAUCAGGGUCUUUUCCAGGGAGUCUUCUCUUCUCAUGAGGUGGCCAAAGUAUUGGGGCCUCAGCUUCAGGAUCUGUCCUUCCAAUGAGCACUCAGGGCUGAUUUCCUUAAGAAUGGAUAGGUUUGAUCUUCUUGCAGUCCAUGGGACUCUCAAGAGUCUCCUCCAGCACCAGAAUUCAAAAGCACCAAUUCUUCGGCGAUCAGCCUUCUUUAUGGUCCAGCUCUCACUUCCAUACAUCACUAAUACAGUGGUACCUCGGUUUUCAUACGCUUCAGGUUACAUACGCUUCAGGUUACAGACUCCGCUAACCCAGAAAUAGUGCUUCAGGUUAAGAACUUUGCUUCAGGAUGAGAACAGAAAUCGUGCUCCUACGGCGCGGCAGCAGCAGGAGGCCCCAUUAGCUAAAGUAGUGCUUCAGGUUAAGAACAGUUUCAGGUUAAGAACGGACCUCCGGAACGAAUUAAGUACUUAACCCGAGGUACCACUGUAACAAACUUAGUUGGUCUCUAAGGUGCUACUGGGAGGAAUUUUUUGAUUUUGAGGGAAGGAAGGUUUUUCUCCUUGUAGGAUCUCGCCAGCCCGGUUUUAGAUUCCCGUCUCACCUGCUCUCGCCCUCUCCUCUCUCCCCUCCCUUGCUCAGAUUACCAAGGCGACUACUACGGCCCUGGGGGCAACUACGACUUCUUCCCGCACGGCCCCCCCUCGCAGGCGCAGUCCCCCGCCGAUUCCAGCUACAUCCCGACCUCGGGGGCCGGAUCCACGCCACUCGGACCCCUGGAACCCCCUCUUCCCGGGCACCACGCUUCCGAGAACCAAAGGUAUACGGAUAUGAUCUCUCACCCCGACACGCCUAGCCCGGAGCCCGGGCUGCCCGGCUCGUUGCACCCCAUCCCGGGCGAGGUCUUCAGCGGGGGUCCCAGCCCUCCUUUCUCCAUGUCCAGCUACAGCGGGCCCCUCUCGCACCCCAACCAGGAGCUGAACGAGACGGCCGUGUGGUAG